AUGUCGCUCGCCGAAACCCCGGGCCUGCUGGAAAUCGUCAUCGAAAUCCGCCCUAGCUCUGUCACGCUGCCACACGUCAUCCUCCACCCUGCGCCCAUCGCGACUGAAUCGCUCCUCAUCCUCCGACCCCGCGCCGUCACGCCAGAAGAAACCCUCACCAUUGGCCCUCUGUCGACCGCGCCCCAGGAAAAGGAUGCGGCAGAUAAAGUUCAGGAGAUCACAAAAUUUCAUUCAUAUUUCAUAGCGCUGGCUAUGUACUCAGAGGAGGCUGUUGAAGGAAGGACCAAAUAUUAUAAUUCACUUCCUGAGGAGUACCCAUGGAUCAGAGCAUUAGCGCAAGAAAUCAUUAAGUAA